UUCCAGUCUCUACGAUCAAAGUACUCCUUGACUUGCGCUCGUCGUGCAGAUGCCAGGUGAAUUGAAACGAGUGGUAACUGGUAAAUCAAUCGCCGGGAAAUAAUUUUGAUCGAGUUUGAUGCCCAGUGAGAUAUAUAAAUAUUAUACAUUGGAAAUUAUAUGUAUAUGUACCGUUAUCUGUAUCAUCAGUAUACACGUCAAGUCAGAUUCCCUCAAGGCUCCAAGAGUCGUUCAGAAAGUUUUAGCCAUCAAUUAUGGAUACUAAGACUCUUCCAAGUCUGUUGAGCUUAAAAGUAGCUCCUCCGUCAGAGUUGCAGAAUCAAAAUGUCGAUAAUGGAAUUGAAGAGGACGGUGGCUCCGUUAAACUUCCAGCAGCUUUGGAGCAGGCUUUGGCAUUCAAAACGGAGAGAGCCAAGGAAGUAGGCGGCGAUCCUAACGACGUUGUUUCUCUAAAUAAAUCGCCAAGGGACGAUAGCGAGGAUGUAUCCCAGAUAGAAGACGUCAUAACGGAAUUGGAACCAACUGCGGAGAAGGUAGAAGCCAAAUCGAACAAAACGAAGAAGAAGAAAAAGUCAAAGAGGAAGAAGCACAAUGCUGAGAGAGAGAGGAAGGACGCCGAGCAGAAGAAGGAUAGUGCAGAGGACGCUAAGAAUAAGGGGGAUAUGCCAGAGAUCGAAUACAUACAAGAGAUACCGAGCAUACACGACCUAGAACCAAUGUACCGUCAGUUUGCCAGAGUUUUUGAAGCUUUCAAAUUGGUAGAACCAGAACCGAGUGCAAAUGACGCGGCUGACAAGGGUGAACCUAUCGGGCAGUACCCGCCACUGACCAGUAUACAAACUACUGGCACCGGUGUGCCAAGUAAGGUGCCUCUGUUGGAUGAUUUUGACGAUGAGGCGAAUCAGCAACAGCAGCAACAGGGCACUGGUGAGAACGGCGCCCCGCGUCUAUCCAAGCGAAAACUCAAGAGACUCACGCGAUUGAGCGUAGCGGAGUUGAAGCAACUGGUCGGCCGCCCCGACGUUGUCGAGAUGCACGACGUGACCGCGCGAGAUCCAAAGCUGCUUGUGCAGUUGAAGGCACACCGAAACACGGUUCCAGUCCCGAGGCAUUGGUGCUUCAAGCGUAAGUACCUUCAGGGCAAACGAGGUAUCGAGAAGCCACCGUUCGAUCUGCCAGAUUUCAUCAAGCGCACCGGUAUUACGGAGAUGAGAGCGAGCUUGCAGGAACGGGACGACACGCGUACGCUGAAGGCGAAGAUGAGAGAGCGAGCGAGACCCAAACUGGGCAAGAUCGACAUCGACUAUCAGAAACUGCACGAUGCGUUCUUCAAGUGGCAAACGAAGCCGCGUAUGACCAUUCAUGGGGAUCUCUAUUACGAGGGCAAGGAGUUUGAAACGCGGCUUAAGGAAAAGAAGCCCGGAGAGUUGUCGGACGAGCUGCGUACGGCUCUGGGUAUGCCAGUGGGUCCAAAUUGUCAGAAAGUACCGCCGCCGUGGCUCAUAGCCAUGCAACGUUACGGUCCACCUCCGAGUUAUCCGAAUCUAAAAAUACCAGGCUUGAACGCACCUAUUCCAGAAGGUUGUGCGUUCGGUUAUCACGCAGGUGGAUGGGGCAAGCCGCCCGUCGACGAAACAGGUAGACCUUUGUACGGCGAUGUCUUUGGUAUGUCUCGUACAUCCGGUGCAGACGCCAUGGACGAGGAGAUAGAUCGGGGAAUGUGGGGCGAACCCGAGUCGGAGUCGUCUGGCGACGAGGAUGAGGACGAAGACGCGGAAGAGGGCGGCGAAGGCGGUGAGGGUGAAGGAAAAGACGGGGACGGUGACGCGAGCGGGUUGGUCACGCCUGGUGCGGAAGGCCUGAUAACACCGAGCGGUAUCACGUCGAUACCGACUGGCCUCGAGACUCCGGAGACCAUCGAAUUGAGGAAAAAGAAAAUCGAAAGCGAGAUGGAGGGCGGUGACACACCGGCGCUGUACACAGUACUGCAGGAACGCCGCACGGAGGGCCUGGGGGCCAGCAUGAUGGGCAGCACGCACGUGUACGAUAUGACGGGUGCGGCGGGCGGGCAAGCACCACCAUCCGUGAUCGCUGCACGUCGUGGCGGAAUCAGCAGUAGCGCGAGCGAUGCUAGAUCAGAGAAGGACGGAGCGGUAGAAUUGACGCUGGAUCCUAGUGAGCUUGAUCUAGACUCGGAAGCGAUGGCGUCGAGGUACGAGGAGACAAUGAGAUCGAGACAAGCGCAUCUCAGGAGGGAAGAUCUAUCAGAUAUGCUGCAAGAUCACGUACAACGGCAAAAGAGCAAACGUAAACGUCAGCAAAUCCAGGACACAAAGACAUCUAAGAAAUAUAAAGAAUUUAAAUUUUAAAUUGCUGUGUCAUUUCUCCAAUUAUAUGUAUUAUACUAUAGUAAGUAAAUUGUUUGAGAUAGCACAUAUAAAAUUAAAUUUAUAAUAUAAACACUCCUUUAACGAUACUGUGAAACAAUUACAUUGUUUGAUAGUGAUACCAUUUUUAUAUUAUUAUAUUUUCACGUUUCACGCUAUUUGAAUGAUCGAUGUAUUGUACGAUGAUGUUAUAAGUAACUGAAUAUUUUGCAAUAUCUAAUAAAUACAAUUAUCUAUUUUUAUGUAACACAAGCAGAUCAUACAAAUACUGUAUAAAGAAUGUAGAUCUCUCUUUGAUCGAAUAUAUGUCAGCACAUACG